AUGGCGUUGAGACUUCCGGCCAGAGCGUUUCUCACAGGGCGCGCUUUUCCACGAUCCGGACUCUCUCCUCCUCGACACUUUUCCGCUUCCCCGCGAUCAACCAUGCGGAUCGCAACAUUACAACUCAGCCCCAAAUUGGGCGACUUCGAAGGGAAUGUGCAGCGUGCAGAUGAAAUUUUAAAUACCGCCAGGGCCACCAGCCAAGGUGCAUCAAGUCUCCCCGGCAUUCACAAUUGGAAACCAGAGCUCCUGGUCCUGCCCGAGCUAGCCUUGACCGGCUACAAUUUCCCCUCUCUGGAUGCCAUCAGACCUCACCUGGAGCCCGCAGGGACCGGCCGCAGCGCUGUGUGGGCGCGCAAGACAGCCCAGCGCCUCCAGUGUAAAGUAUGCGUCGGGUAUCCCGAGAUCGAGGGCGAGGGGAACUCAGAAAAGUACUACAACUCGCUGAUCGUAGUUGACGAGCAAGGAGAGGUGGUCCACAACUACCGCAAAUGCUUCCUGUUCUUCACUGACGAUACCUGGGCACACGAAGGGAAUGUGGAGCGUGGCUUCAAGGAACUUUCGUUCCCGGGGCGCGCAGAGCCCAACAUUUCGACCUCGUUCGGCAUCUGCAUGGACAUCAACCCUUACAAGUUCGAAGCGCCGUUCACAGCCUUCGAGUUUGCGAGCCGGGUUCUGGGGUCCAAGUCACAGUUGGUGAUCUUGUCGAUGGCAUGGGUGAGCACGCAUGAGCGGGAAGCGUACGAUGCACUGCAGGGCGGGCAGGACGAGGACGCUUUUCACUGGUGGCUGCAGCGGCUGAGUCCGUUGCUCCGGCGGAAGAUGCAGCAUGCGCGGAACCUGGAUGGCGCGGGUGGCGAUAAACGGAUUGUUAUUGUCUUUGCGAAUCGGACGGGCAGUGAGCCUGCGACGGAUCCUGAGAAGCCACCCACGUUAUUUGCAGGUACAAGUACAAUCUUGGCUGUGUCGCAGCGAGAGGGGUCAGAGGGUUUGAAUGUGGAGAUCCCCCUCUGGGAUCAACUCGGGGCGUCGGAGGAGGGGGUCUGUUUUGCGGAUACUACGGCUGAACCCGAAUUAGUUUUUGGGAUAGCAUGA